GCAGGGUUACCUCCUUCUAGAAGCCAAGAGCCUAAGAAGCCAAGAGCCUAAGAAGCCCCUUCCAAUAGUAAGCAGACUAUUUUCAAGUGGAAAACAAAGACAACUAUAUCCAAGUUUCCUCUGAACAAAGAUAUGGUCAAGCUAUGCGAUACCCAGGACGCGCCUCUACCGGAGAACGCUGAUGCAGAUGGCGUGAAGUCUUAACGUCAUCACCCAUGCCUCCGCCGCGGGAAGUAGUCCCCAUUGCACCGGCUCCGGAGGGAGCUCAAUGAGGGAGCUUCCCAGUCCCUCCGAACGAGGAACAACACAGCAUGCUGGGCUCUGGAUUUAAAGCUGAGCGUUUACGAGUCAAUUUGAGAUUAGUCAUAAACCGUCUUAAACUAUUGGAAAAAAAAAAAACGGAAUUGGCCCAGAAAGCAAGGAAAGAGAUUGCUGACUAUCUGGCUGCUGGGAAAGAUGAACGAGCUCGGAUCCGUGUGGAGCACAUCAUCCGAGAAGACUACCUCGUGGAGGCCAUGGAGAUUCUGGAGCUCUAUUGUGACCUGCUGCUGGCUCGGUUUGGCCUCAUCCAGUCUAUGAAGGAACUAGAUUCUGGUCUGGCUGAAUCUGUGUCUACACUGAUAUGGGCUGCUCCUCGACUCCAGUCAGAAGUGGCUGAGUUGAAAAUAGUUGCUGAUCAGCUCUGUGCCAAGUAUAGCAAGGAAUAUGGCAAGUUAUGUAGGACCAACCAGAUUGGAACUGUGAAUGACAGGCUAAUGCACAAACUGAGUGUGGAAGCCCCACCCAAGAUCCUGGUGGAGAGAUAUCUGAUUGAAAUUGCCAAGAACUAUAAUGUGCCCUAUGAGCCCGACUCUGUGGUCAUGGCAGAAGCUCCUCCUGGCAUAGAGACCGAUCUUAUUGAUGUCGGAUUCACAGAUGAUGUGAAGAAAGGGGGCCCUGGAAGAGGAGGAGGGGGUGGUUUUGCUGCACCAGUUGGUGGACCUGACGGAACAGUGCCAGUGCCUAUGCCUGUGCCUAUGCCCAUGCCCUCUCCAAGUACUCCUUUUUCCUACCCACUUCCAAAGGGACCAUCGGAUUUCAAUGGAUUGCCAAUGGGGACUUACCAGGCUUUUCCCAAUAUUCAUCCACCUCAGAUACCAGCAACUCCCCCAUCGUAUGAAUCUGUUGAUGACGUUAAUGCUGACAAGAAUGUCUCUUCUGCACAGAUUGUUGGUCCUGGGCCCAAGCCGGAAGCCCCCGCAAAGCCCCCUUCCAGACCUGUGGACACCUGUGACAACUUUGUACUACCAGAGUUGCCGUCUGUGCCAGACACACUACCGACUGCAUCUGCUGGUGCCAACACCUCAGCAUCUGAGGACAUUGACUUUGAUGAUCUUUCCCGGAGAUUUGAAGAGUUAAAAAAGAAAACCUAGAUCUCUUAAGCCAGGCAACCUCCAGGCUCUGGGAUUUGAGACGGCACUGUUUCUCCUUGUAACAAAGAAUCUCCGUGCAAUUCUUUUUCAUCUCUUACCAUCACUGAGCACACUUUUCCUUUGGGCUCUCUUCCUGCUCUAAAUUCUGCUGCUUUCCAGUUCUCUGUUGCUCUUAAGAGACUAACAAUGAGAGUCAACGAGGCCAGAGCAGCCUUGGCAACCUUGCUUGUUCGUCACCUUUGAGUGUGAUCCCAGGUUCACCCAUCACCCGUCCUUCUGUCCCUCCGCAGGGAAAAGGUGAAAGCAUUGUAAGGAGAGCUGCCAAAGAUGGCUGGACACGGAGGACAUUACUUCAUGAAGUCUCUCUCAGUCCUGUGCUGAAGUUCUAGAUUUAGAAGCAAACCCCUCUGUACAGAGGGAUUUGUGGUGAGCAAGAAUCAAGACAAAAAGGUGUGAUAUGAAUGGGAAGAGAGACUGAUGCUGGAAGCCUCUUUAACAGUUCUUGGAAGCUGGGUCCUCUCAUUGGCAUAUACACUUCUUCUUGCUGCAGGGCAUUGUUCUACCUGGAUCCAGUUGCAAAGUUUAUUUGGAAAGUUGAAGGCUUCUCUUAGUUCUGCUGGAUUCUCAGGGAGCCCUCCGUGGCCUUUUGCUUUGAGUGCUGUGUUCUCCUUUUACCAGAGGGCAACACUCCAUAAAUUCCUGUUUUUCCCCAUAGCAUGUUCUGUUGGAUUGCAUUUACUGGCAAAUGGCGGACAGGUCACAUGUUGGGCAGAAGUCACCAUUCAAGGCUAAGGUGGGCUUCCAGUUGCCUUAAUAGAAGUACUCAAAUCUCUUGGGUAGUGAGCUGGAAUGCCUACAGGAGAAGAAGGGUUCUUGUUUUCAUUUGAAAACUUUAUGAUUAAGAGAACCUUUAAAGACUGAUUUCAGAAAAUUUUUUGGUGCCCAUAAAAAACGUGGCUGUAGUUCACUACUUUCCUAGAUGGAUGAGACUAUUAUUAUUGUAACUUAAUGUGCUCCUUUUCCCUGUAGAUAAGGCUGUCCUUCCCCAGAGGGAUGGUUUUGGGAUCAGAAGGUAGGAUUCUGGCUUAUGUGUAGUGUAAUGUAUAUACUUGUUUCAAGCAACUUUAGUGUUUUUGAUUGGUUUGUAUCUAUCUCAUAGCUCAGUAGCUGAUAAUAAAGUUAAAAAUUCUGUGCCUUGCUGAA